ACCACUGUGUAAAAUUAAUUAGAAGAGCGCAAACACUCCCCUGUCAUCAUAUGAACCUGCACAGGCCUACAGAAAUACUCCCUUUUCAGAACCACAGAAGUCCACAGGAGCAGACCAGACACCAGAUGAACCAUCACAACAGAUGCUCCUCUCACUGAUCUCUGGAUGCUUCUCAUGAGAGAGGCCAAUAAUGGAGAAAAGAGCAGAAACAUCUCAGCAUUCUUCCAGAUCUGGACGGGUUAAGAGAGAGCCAUCACCUUCUGCUAAAGAGAGGAAAACCAGAGCACCCAAAUCCGUGAAGCUCCAAGAGCCCCACAAAAGAAAAGAAAAACCAGAUGUGACAGUAGAAGAAGAAAGAGGUGAAGCUAAAGAGGCUCAAAUAAUCUCUAGCAGCACUGUUGUAAAUGUAGACAGUGUGAGGGAACAAAUAAAAGAAGAUCGAGAGGAGUUGCUGGGAUUACUGGAGACCGAAGGACCUGGAGAAGCCUUGAAGAAGAGAUACCUUGGAGUUUGUGAGCUACUUCUGAUCAUUUUGGUCCUGUCUGUGGUGAUCUUCUUCUUGCCUUUUUCCAUAUGGUUCUGUGUGAAGAUUGUGAGAGAACAUGAGAGAGCCGUUAUAUUUCGGUUGGGGCAUUUAUUGCAGAAGAGACCAAGGGGCCCUGGACUGAUGUUUUAUUUCCCAUUUUUGGAUGUAUGCCAUAUCGUGGACAUUCGUCUGAACAUACUGAAGAUCCCUCCUCACACGGUGGUGACCAAAGAUCUGGUGUGCACUGAAGUGAGCGCGGUGUGUUACUAUCGUAUCGAGAACAUCUCUGUGUGUUACUCCUCCCUUGCCAGUGUCCCAGAUGUGCUGCAGUCUCUGACCCAGGUGUCUGUUAGAGAGAUACUAGCCCACCAUACCUUCACUGACAUUUUGCGGAACCGGAAACGAAUGGCCCGGGAGGUUCAGGUCAGUUUAGAUUCGGUAACCUGCAGGUGGGGAAUCAAGGUGGAAAGAGCGGAGAUAGAAGAAAUCAGUCUUCCACCUGAGCUGCAACGCAACUUUGCUGUGGAGGCCGAAGCGAGACGUCAGGCACAAGUCAAAGUGAUCGCUGCAGAGGGAGAAAAGGCGGCUUGUGAGGCUUUGAAGGCCUCUGUAGAGUCUCUCUCUGGUUCUCCAAUGGUUGUGCACCUCCGUCUCCUGCAGCUCCUCAACAAUUUGCGCUCUGAGCAGCCUGCUGUGGUCCUCAACAUACCUCCUGAUGUCCUGACUCAACCCAUCGACCUCAGCAGUUUGACCAGACCUGCCAAUCAAAGCCUGACCACAGACAAUGGCUCAGAUGAUGCUAACAAAGAUUUGCCCGUGAUGUAAACACAACAUGACUGUCAGUGUUCACUUAGGAUGUUUUUACAUAAACAUGCACGAUAUAUCAGUACUAUAUUGGUUAUUGGAUUAUGGUAUGGAUCAAUAUUUAAUUGUGCCUGCUUAUUUCCUCUAUUUUUACAUGUAGUUGCCUUUGCUCCAUCUAACUCUUUAACUUAAUCUUUAAAAACACUAAUAAUUUACACUAUUAAAUGUAAUCUUUAGCAAAUUUUAUGAUAUGUGCAAUUCAAGUACACUUCAAAUAGAGAUGUGUCUGUUGAAUAGCGUGAGCUCCAGUAUGGCGUUUAUUCCCAUUUAGCAUUUCUUGGUGCCUCAGGUUUCUGACUUCUUGUUUUAGCUUCAAAAGGGGUGCUGGGGGCCUUAAAUGAGGGUGUUACAUUCUUACUGCUCGCUGUAAAAAGGUUAAAUAUAGUCAGAGGUCAGAGAACAGGUCAGUUCAUAACAUAUACUGUAUUCAAGUCGAUCAAGUCGAAUUGACCAACAGAAAGCUACUUGGUUUGAGACAGACUUGUAUGAGUGGUGCUUCAUAAAUCACUGCAUGUACACUUGGUCUCCACACUAGGUCGAGCCUGUAGCUGCCUCUCCAGAUUUUGUUUCUUGUUUCAAACUAGCUGUAUGGCUAGCAAGCUAACAGCUUAUAUGUGUUAGUUACAUAUUCAUCAGAAAUUUGGAAAAAAUAAGGCCAAGUGGUGUCUUUCAAGGGUUCCUCUUCAUCUUCUUUGUUAGGUUCCUCUGGUUGUUGCUCAAGCUAAGAAGAAAUCCAAUAAAGUAACUCACAUUCUGUAUUAGCAUAACUGUAUUCAACCAGAAGACCCAUGCUAAUGUCACUCACAGACUGUGGCAGUUUUUCCAGACAGCU